AUAAUAUUUGCACACUUUUACCCACUGCACAUAGGUAAUAUACAAUUUAAAAGGCGUUUAUCUUUUCGAAACAACUUUAAUUUAUGAUAGUUUCUUUGUGUCUUUCUAUUUCUUUGGCACGCUAAACAAAUCUCACGCAGUUUACAUGGAAAUGGGACUGACAGAGGUAUAACAUAAGAUCGACAAAAACAGAGAUACAGAUACAGAGAAUGAGAGAGAGAGAGAGAGAGAGAGAGAGAGAGAGAGAAAGAGAGAGAAGGAGGAUGUUGCUACGCAAAGGCAAGCCUUGCCGAAUGCUGUACCCACACGCGCUCACAAUGUAGAAAGCGCUGGUUUGAAAACAGGCAACUAUCACACUGCUUACAAGUGCCUGACAUUAUUUGCUUCCAUCUUUGGACUGUUCGUGGUCAUUUAAUUAUUGGAGGAAUUUUGACAUUAACUAUCAGCAUGGAGGGCUGCUUUCCCCUAGAAAGCGAAAGGAUGGAAGCUUGGCUUGACGACCACUUGGAGUUCGCUCACACCUACUUUGUCAGGAAGGCUUCAAGGGAGAUGGUGAACGCCUGGUUCGCUGAGCGAGUCCACUCCGUUCAGGCCACAUCAUCUUCGUCAUCCUCGAAAGAAACCCUACCGCCCCUGAGACCCAGCCAGCCAUCAGACAGUUCCUGCCUAGCCUCCUCCCUGCCCCCUUCCCUGGGACUAAACGACCGGCGCUCCCCCUCCCCGGCCCCUGCCCUCAGCCCUGCACCUGGCACGCCCACCCGCAAGAUCUCGGCGUCCGAGUUCGACAGGCCGCUGAGGCCCAUCGUGGUCAAGGACGCGGAGGGCUCGCUUACCUUCCUGUGUGACACCGAACCGGACCGGGGCGAUAUCCGGACACCCAUGCCUUUCAGGACCCAGCAGGGAGGAGUCCCCGCUGGGAUGACUGGUGAGGUUGGCAGUGCCCGCGGGUUGGACCGCUGUGCCAGGCUUUUGGAGCUGGUUAGGGACGUGUCGAGUCACCUGGACGUGACAGCGCUGUGCCACAAGAUCUUUCUGCACAUCAAUGAGCUGAUUGCCGCGGACCGCUACUCACUCUUCCUGGUGGGUGAAGACAGCUCCAACAGGAAGUUCUUGGUGAGCAGGCUGUUUGACGUGGCAGAGGGCUCCACCCUUGAGGAGGUGUCCAAUAGCUGCAUCCGCCUGGAGUGGAACAAAGGCAUUGUGGGUCAUGUGGCGGCCACGGGCCAACCCCUCAACAUCAAAAAUGCCUACGAGGACCCCAGGUUCAACGCAGAGGUGGAUCAGAUCACAGGAUAUAAGACCCAGAGUAUCCUGUGCAUGCCCAUUAAGAACCACAGGGAGGAGGUGGUAGGGGUGGCGCAGGCCAUCAAUAAGAAGUGUGGAGAGAACGGCACCUUCACUGAACAGGAUGAAAAGGACUUCUCUGCCUACCUGGCGUUCUCCGGAAUCGUCCUGCACAACGCCCAGCUCUACGAGACGUCCCAGCUGGAAAACCGACGAAACCAGGUGCUGUUGGACCUGGCCAGGCUGAUCUUUGAGGAACAGCAGUCUCUGGAGGUGUUGCUGAGGAAGAUAGCAGGAACCAUCCUGUCGUUCAUGCAGGCCCAGGGCUGUACUGUCUUUAUAGCCGACGGAGACUCUAUGAACUCCUUUUCGAGCGUGUUUCACAUGGAAUACGAGGAGCUGGGCGAGGCAGCGGACGCUCCCAAAAGGGAAUGUGACGUGAGUCAGAUUAACUACAUGUAUGCCCAGUACGUGAAGAACACCGUGGAGCCCCUGAACAUCUCCGACGUCACCAAAGACCAGCGAUUUCCCUGGACGAGUGAGAACCCAGACCACCCCAGUAACCAGAUCAUGAGUCUUCUCUGUACACCUAUCAAGGAUGGGAAGAAGGAUAAAGUCAUAGGCGUGUGUCAGCUGGUGAACAAGAUGGACGAGGCUUCGGGAGGCGUGAAGUCCUUCAACCGAAACGACGAGCAGUUCCUUGAGGCCUUUGCCAUCUUCUGCGGCCUGGGCAUACAGAACACCCAGAUGUACGAGACAGUGGAGAGAGCCAUGGCCAAACAGGAAGUGACUCUGGAGGUCCUUUCGUAUCACGCGUCUGCAGCCGAAGAAGAGACAAGGGCGCUGCAGGUAACCGCGGCGUCCAUGGUUCCGUCGGCCCAGUCUCUGCGGCUGAUGGAGUUUGGCUUCAGCGACUUUGAGCUGUCGGAUGCCCUGACCACACAGGCCACCAUUCGCAUGUUUGUGGACCUCAACUUGGUUCAGAACUUCCAGAUGAAAUACGAGAGUCUCUGCCAGUGGAUCUUGAGUGUGAAGAAGAACUACAGGAAGAAUGUGGCCUAUCACAACUGGAGACACGCCUUCAACACAUCCCAGUGCAUGUUUGCUUUGUUCAAAUCUGGCCGGUUACAGAGUAACAUGAGUGAUCUGGAGGUCCUGGCCUUGAUGAUCGCUACACUGAGCCACGACCUCGACCACAGAGGAGUCAAUAACUCCUACAUACAGAGGAGUGACCAUCCCCUUGCCCAGCUCUAUUGCCAUUCCACUAUGGAGCACCACCACUUUGACCAGUGCCUCAUGAUACUAAACAGUCCAGGGAAUCAGAUUCUGAGCAGUCUGUCACUUGAUGAGUACAAGACCACACUGAAGAUGAUUGAGCGGGCUAUUCUGGCUACAGACUUGGCUCUGUACAUGAAGAGGAGAGGAGAGUUCUUUGAAUUGACCAAGAACAGCCAGUUUGUCUGGGAAGACGACGAUCAUAAAGACCUGCUGAGGUCAAUGUUGAUGACUGCAUGUGACAUCUCAGCCAUUACCAAGCCCUGGCCAGUGCAGAAACGGAUCGCUGAGCUGGUGGCUACAGAGUUCUUUGAGCAAGGGGACAAGGAGCGAGAGGAACUCAACAUCGAGCCCAUAGAUCUCAUGAAUCGGGAGAAGCGGGAUAAGAUUCCCAGCAUGCAGGUAUCGUUCAUCGAUGCCAUAUGUACACAGCUCUAUGAGACCCUGGCGGGGAUGUCCGAGUCGUGCUCGCCUCUUCUCGAGGGCUGCCAAAGGAACAGACAGAAUUGGAAGGUUCUGGCCGAACAGGGCGACAAGGGCUUCUUCAACGGAGCGACGUAGACAUGGAAGACUUCUCUCCUGGCUGUAACUCCACCCCUCCACAGGCUCCACCCCCUUUGAGAAGUCAGCAUCAACACUAAGCUAUAUUUAUUACCAUAGUCUUUCCUUUCCUUCUUUUGCACAAAGUUGACUUCUUUCACGAGGGAGAUCACACUGUAUGAUAUCCCCUCACGGUGAGGUCUGGGGACGAGGCAACGUGAAGGAUACUGAAUGGGACAGAGGAGGUGAGUGUGGGGCCACUACCAGUCAACUGAGCAUCAAGGGAUCGAUCUGGGUUUAGUUAGUGUUUGAAAUCUCUUACCCGGAGUACCAGGCGGCCAAGGCGCGAUUCAUACUGUAGGGAUUAUUCCGUUGUGCUAGGCGAGUGUGGUAAAGCACUGUAAAUACCCCCUCCCCUCCAGAUUUUAGUGUAGAAAGAACCUCCUUUCUACAGACCACAGAUCACCACAGUAAGUUGUUAGUUAUAACAAGGUUAACAGUCACACAAUGAAGGUUUUGAGAGAACAUUAAUCUUUUAUAACAUUGUCACUCGGCUUAACUAUUGUAUAUUUAUUUGUUUUAUAUAUUUAUUAGAUUUCUAUCCUGUAUGGUCAGUUUUUCAUGAAGAGAACACACAAAUCUUUAUUAAAAAGUGUUUUAUUA